AUGCACAAGUUGAGUUCUGUUGAUUAUCUUGAAGACUGUACAUAUUCGAGGUUUUUAGAGAAUUACUUAAAACCGUGUAUUCCUGUGUUAAUUGGGAAAAAAUUAACUGAAAAUUGGGAAUCUCGAAAAACGUGGGUUCGUCGGUUUGAAGAGAACGACGAGUUGAGUAACGUCUGUAAAGAGAGGCAGGUCCCAAAGGGGCUUGAGUUUCUCCAAUCUAAAGCUGCUUCGCAGAGCGAUCUUUUGUCAGAUAAUUUAUGGGACGAUUUGAUCGAAGCUAGCAAACAGUAUUAUGACAAUGAAGAAGAAGCUUUUAAGGAUUUGUUGCUUUCUCCGAAUUAUGAAUACCUAAAGCAAGUGUACGGGAACGUCGAGGUACCCUUGGCGUAUUGUUCCCAGAAAGACAAGUACGGAAGUCAAAAACGCGAAAAUGUUCAACUUGGAACAGCGUUGCAGAAACUUGAAAAAGAAGACGAGAUGUUGCGAUCCAUGUGCUUACUAGAAUCCAAUGGUUUUUGCAAUUUAAUACGAAUGUAUCCUAAAGAUAUGCAUUUAUUUCGGAAUUCCCCUGUCACUAUACCUUACGAAACGCCCGAUUUGUUCGUGGAUGAUUGGCUCAAUGCGUACACGAUGAACCAAGAGAAUGAUGACUUUCGGUUUUCCUACAUCGGGAGCCAUUUAUCGACGACACCAUUGCAUAAAGACGUGUAUGAAAGCCAUUCUGUGUCUGUUAAUUUGUGUGGUGUGAAAUGCUGGAUUUUCAUUCCCCCAUCCGAAGCAGAGUUUCUCCAAAAACAGUUUGAGGAUGAAGGCCUGCCGUCCUGGAUUUCUCAAAAGUGUCUCUUUGAAGAGGAGAAUUUUAGAAAAAUACAAGGGAAUGUACGGAUUUUGUUUCAGUUUCCGGGCCAAACGGUUUUUGUCCCUAGUGGAUGGUACCAUCAAGUGUUGAACAUCGGUACAACUUUAUCCAUCAAUCAUAAUUGGUGCAAUUCUUCCUGUAUUUUACCGAUGCAUUUCGCUCUCCAGCAACAGUACGAAGCAACGUCCGAGUCCCUCCAAGAUUUGCUGGACGACGGCAUCGUUUCAAAAGAAAGAUUCUCAGAACUUGUAACAGAGGUCGUGGAAGCCAACUAUGGAUGGAGUUGGGAACGAUUUUGGUUGAUGGUUUCCUUUCAAUUACAGCGAAGAUUAGCUAUGGACUCUUCUCGUGCAAUCACCCUAAAUUCCUCAACAUCAAUUCCUCCGCUUCCAAAAUGCGUUCCUCCUUGGUCUUGGGAAAAAAGCAUCUUGAUACAAUUGGUGAAAAAGGCUGAAUGCCCCAAUGGAGAAACAACUCAGUCAAUUCCAGCCAACCUUCUUGCAGUUUUGGAAGAGAUACAAUAA